GACUUUGAGUGCUUGAGCAUCGUCGGGAAAGGAGCCUAUGGAAAAGUCCUGCAGUUUGAGCGAGAGCUUCAGGAGCGCGAGAACCUGCGAGGAAUCAUAAACGUCGACAAGUCGGUCUACAAACGUUGGCUCGUUCAGUCCACCAAGGCUGAGAGGCGGGUACUUGAAGUUGUGAACCAUCCUUUCAUCGUCAAGCUUCAUUACGCAUUCCAGACAGCCGACAGGCUGUGCCUUGUGAUGGACUUCAUCAACGGGGGGGAGCUGUUCUCCUACAUCGCACGGGAGAAAGUCUUCUCGGAGCCUCGCGCUCGCUUCUAUGCUGCUGAGAUAAUCCUGGCGCUGGAGUAUCUUCAUGAGAUGAGCAUCAUCUACCGAGACCUGAAGCCUGAGAACAUCCUGCUCGACGACAAGGGCCACAUCCGCCUCACUGACUUCGGACACAGCAAGGAUGAGCACAGCAGGAACGAUCGUGCAUUCAGCAUGGUCGGGUCGCCCUACUACAUGGCACCAGAGAUCCUGCUGAACAAGGGGCACGGGAAGGAGGCAGACUGGUGGUCGUUGGGGAUCCUCGUCUACGAGAUGCUGGUGGGGCUGCCGCCCUUUUACCAGGAGAACACAAAGAAAGCUUAUGAGGCGCUGCUGACCAAACCGCUCGAGUUCCCCGAGAAUAUCUCGAGGGAGGCGAAGAGCAUGAUAAGGGGCCUGGUGAGAGGAGGGAUGGAUGGAUGGAUAGAUGGAGGGAGGGAAGAGGAUGAAAGAUGGGGGGAGGGGGGUGUGGAGGAGGAGGUGUGUGUGUGUGUGUGUGGGGGGGGGGGGGUUGGAGAGCUGAAGAUUGAUGUUUGUUUCAGCUGCAUGUUGAUAGUAGCAAAAGACUUGGCAUAG